GGCGCCGGGCACUAGGGGGCGCUGCGGGACGAAAGGGGGGGCGGGGGGCGUGGCCCCGGGCGCGGCUGCCCCCCUCGGCCGGCUCCUAUUGGCCGCCCGGCCAGCCAAUGAGCGGCGGCGUGGCUGCGCGCGGGGGGUUCGAACGGGCGGGGCGCCGUGCGCGUGCGCGGGGUGGCAUGAGCGGCGCGGGGCGGCGCGAGCCGGCGCUGCAGGCCCUGCUGGAGCAGGGGGGUGCCCCCAGGCUGGCCCCCCCGGGCGGUGGGUGCUGCCGGGGGCUGCUGCUGCGCUGCCGUGGGGACCCCAACGCCAGGUCCACCGGGGAGCCGCCACCGCCGCACGUCACCGCGUCCUGGGGGUGCCACCGGCGCCUCGAGCUCCUGCUGAAGAAAGGGGGGGGCCCGGUGCUCCGAGAGCAGGAUGGGAGAGGAGCCGUGGAGCUGGCGCUGGAGCUGAUCCCGCGGGACUCGCAGCGUGCCUGGGGCUGGCCCCCCGCGGAGGAGCCGGGGGGGGCCAGGCGGUCCCUGUCCUUCCUGACGGAGGAUGGCACCGAUGGCAGCGUCAUCCUCGAGCUCCCCGAGGACGGCGAUGGAGUCGGGCCCCUGAGCAGCACCCGCAGGUCCCUGCUGGAGGGACUGGAGCUGGGGGGUGGCUGCGGUUCGGGGGAGCCCCCGUCCCUCUUCAUCCCCUCCCUCACCCCGCGGCCCCCCAGGGGCUCAUCCCUCCCCCCGCAGCCCCUGGCCUCCAGCACACUGCUCUCGGCCGGGGACGAGCUCGGGGAGGGACCCCGGAGUGGGACGGCGGUGGGGGGGACGGGGGGUCCCCCCUGGGCUGUCCCCAAGCCCCAUCGGGAGUUUGGUGCCGGUGGGUCCCCGCGCUCCCCCCAGCCCCGGUGUUGCAGCAGGGUCCCGGGGGGACACGGAGCAUCUUCCAGGGCUCCCCGACUCCACGCUGGCCUGAGCGGCCGCUCCGUGGCAUGUCAGAGCCCUGGGGACGGUGACAUCCCGCACACUGCGGCUCAGCGCCAUCCUGGUAUCCCCCCAGGACCACCCGUGUCGCCCCCGGCCACCCCUGAGCUGGGGAUGGUGGUGCCCAAGGCGGGGGCUGGGGGCUGUGACCGCAGCAGCCUCGGGGACAGCAGCGGGGACAGCGAGCGCUUCGUCACCGCCGUGGAGACCCUGGAGCCCAGCGAGGCCGGGGGGUCCCCGGGGGCUCGGUACCGCCGCUCCCCCCAGCCCAGGGCAGCCGGGGGGCCGGAGCCGGGUGAAGCCCCCUCCUCAGUCACAGCUACCACCGGGGAGCUGCCCCCCGCCAGCCCCCCAAACGCGGAGCGGGUGCAGGAGGCGGAUUUUGGGGGGGGCUCGAGGGCAGCCCCUCGCCGCGAGGGCGGCUCGGACGUGGGCGAUGUGGGGGAGCUGCUUGCCCAGCUGCGGGGGUGCAGCCUGCGGGGCUCCCCCCCACGCACUGCAGAGGCCCCUCGCAGCCCGGCCGGUCUCGCCGCCGGGGAUGUCACCCCCCGGGGGACGGAGCCCCCCAUGCACCGCCACGUCACCCCCAGGACCAAGAGCCGCCUCCAGGCCUCGGCGGCACGGCUGGGCGCCUCCUCUUCCUCCUCCUCCUCCCUCUUUGACGAGUCGCUGGAGAUGCCCCGGAGGCCCCCCAGGCUCAGAGCACCCCGGGGUGUCCCCAGGGACCCUGCCACCACCUCGGGGCACUGCGUCACCCCAGGGCGCAGGGAUGCGUCCAGCAGGGACGGAGAGGGGACAGGCUCUUUGGAUGACACCGAGAUCCUCCCCCGAGCCCCCAGCCAGCCCAGCUUGCCCCCGGGGGCCAGCAGCUCCCCCAGCUCCAGCCCCACGGUCCUGCUAGUCCCCGGGGACCACGGUGACCCCCAGGACACCCCAUCAGAUGCUCAGGGCUCUCCUGGCUCCAGCCCCAUGGUCCUGCUGGUCCCUGGGGACCGUGGUUGCCCCCAGGACACCCCAUCAGAUGCUCGGGGCUCCCCUGGCUCCAGCCCCACAGUCCUGCUGGUCCCUGGGGACCACGGCCACCCCCAAGACUCCCCGUCAGAUGCUCAGGGCUCCCUCCAUGCCACACACAGCCCCAAGCCCAGGGUGCUGGAGGGUGGCUCUGGGUGGCAGGACCCCUCAACCUUGGGGGCACACCAGCCCCGGUUGCCCCACGGGGGCUUUGGCCGCCUCCUUGCCCCGUGGCCACCGGGCAGCACCGCGGUGGAGCCGAGGAGCCCGUCCGUCCCGCUCUCGCCUGCCGGCAACACCCGCUGCUCCGGGGAGCACCUCGAGGAUGAGGAGUGGGGACAGGCACCCACCGGGUGGCACAGCCCCGGCACUGCGGCCACCACCAGCCUGGAGGAUGCUGUGGUCCAGGACGGGCGAGCGUGCGGGGUGCCACCGCGGCCCCUCUCAGACGAAGGUCUGCGGCGGCAGCUGCGGUUGCUGGGGGACAACCCAGGGCCCGUCACGGAGCUCACCAGGCGGCUCUACCUGCGGCGGCUGGAGGAGCUGCUGGGGGGACCCCGGGGGAGGCCAGCAGGUCACAGCCCCGAGCUGGUGGCGGCGCUGAGGACCGGCCACGUCCCCGACUGCGCCCAGGACGAGCUGGCGCUGGCCCGGCAGUUCGACCGCCCCGACCGCAGCCGGCACUGGCGAGAGGGGCUGCUCAAGUCCAGCUUCAACUACCUCCUCCUCGACCCCAGGACCACCCAGAACCUGCCGCUGCGCUCCCACCGCCUGAGCCCGGCCGAGUGCUUCAGGACCUUCGUCGAAGCCAUCUUCUACGUGGGCAAGGGGACGCGUGCCCGGCCAUACUGCCACCUCGCCGAGGCUCUGAGCCAGCAGCGCGCCGGCACACAGAAGGGCUGCCCCAAGGUGCGACGCAUCCUGGAGAUCUGGGCGAGCGGGCAGGGUGUCAUCUCCGUGCACUGCUUCCAGAGCGCCGUCCCGGCGGAGGCGUACACGCGGGAGGGCUGCAUGCUGGAGGCUCUGGGGCUGCAGACCGUCACCAACCAGAGGAAGGGGAACUGCUAUGGCGUGGCAGCGAGCUGGCCGGCGUCACGGCGCCGGCGCCUGGGCGUCCACAUGCUGCACCGGGCCAUGCGCAUCUUCCUGGCCGAGGGCGAGCGGCACCUCCGGCCGCCCGACAUCCAGGGCAGGCGCUGAGCACCCCGGGGGGGCACCCCCUGCCCUGCCCGAGGAGGCGCCUGUGCUCUGGGUGCGGGGUUUUUUUAAUGUCGUGAACACUGGGCGAGAAUUUUUCUAUUUUUUCUACGAUAAAUAAAUCGCUGCGGGUCACCUUUA